UAAAAUAGGACAACACUGGCCACGUCGCGUGCGGAUUUGUUUAUAAUUUUCGGCAAUGCAGUUUCACUUUAAAGUCGCGGACGCUGAAAGGGACAGGGACAAUGUGGCUGCGACCAGCAACGCCGGCGCAAAUCCGCACGUAGCCCUGCAGCCGCAGCAGCCCGUUGCCCUGGUGGAGCCCAAGGAUGCACAACAUGAGAUACGAUUGCAGAAUAUCGUGGCCACCUUCUCCGUGAACUGUGAACUGGAUCUCAAGGCAAUCAACUCGCGCACGAGGAACUCGGAGUACUCGCCCAAGCGCUUUCGGGGCGUCAUCAUGCGGAUGCACUCGCCCAGGUGCACAGCGCUGAUCUUCCGAACGGGCAAGGUCAUCUGCACGGGUGCACGAAACGAGAUUGAGGCGGACAUUGGAUCGCGAAAGUUCGCACGCAUCCUGCAGAAGCUUGGAUUCCCCGUAAAGUUCAUGGAAUACAAGCUGCAGAACAUUGUGGCCACCGUUGAUCUGCGCUUCCCCAUUCGCCUGGAAAACCUCAACCAGGUGCACGGCCAGUUCAGUUCCUACGAGCCGGAGAUGUUUCCAGGCCUCAUCUAUCGCAUGGUCAAGCCGCGCAUCGUUCUCCUGAUCUUCGUCAACGGAAAGGUUGUAUUCACGGGCGCCAAGUCGCGCAAGGACAUCAUGGACUGCCUGGAGGCGAUAUCACCUAUUUUACUAAGUUUUCGCAAGACGUAGUUGUCUCUACACAUCCAAAUGUUUUUGUUUAGCUUAGUUAUAUUCCAUAAGUAUAUUUUUAAUAUAUUUACCUUAACCUUUUUAGUAAAAAAUGUGAAAUGCAAUAACUUAAUUGUUUAUUUCCAUGUGUAAAUUCAUAGAAAUUGUACAAUUUUAUUUUGGCCUUACUAAGCAAAUUCAUUUUUAUUUUAAAGAAACUUUUAUUUAAAAUGUAUAUUUUAAUGUCUUGUAAUCCAUUUCAUUCUAUUCUUGAUAAGAUAUUUGUAAAUCUAUGGAAUAAUUACUAUAUACAUUUUUGUACCCAUUCCUAGAAAUUGGGCAAAAAUAUUCAAAUGCACUAAUUCUGGAGUGGACCCAACAUUCCAAGAAAAGAAAACACAUUUGGAUAAACAUUAUUUUUAUUUAUUUUCAGGUUUAUUACAAAAGAAAACACAAGACACUUCAUAGAGAUUCGAUUCGAUUCUUAUGGUACGGAAAGGAGCGACAAUCUUAAGUUGUGUAGAAAAAUUUCCUUGCUCCUCGCUUAGUUAGCUUCAUGUACAUGGCUAUGUGAGAUUUGUGUUGGGAAUUUAUAAACUAAUUGUGGUUCAUAUGAAGGCGUAUAUAUAGGUAUCAAACUUACAAACUAUGCAGAUUCAUUAUUUGCAUAAAUUAAUUGGACGGUUUCUUCAACGAGUUUCUCUUCAUUUCGUUUCAAAAAGUAUUCAA